AUGGCCCCAGUUUCGAUCAAGGUCGAUAACAAAACGAAUAGUUGCGGUUUCCCUGACGGACCUGAUUGUGUGUCACUUGGUGAAGGCGCCAAUGGCCUAGAACAAUUUGCCGAUGACGGCUGCUGUCUGCUACCCCUGCGCUGCGGAAACGGCGAUGGUGGCGAGAAGUGCGAGCGCUAUAGAGGGUUCGACAAGGAAGAACAAGCUAUUGAAGGUCGUUUGAAAAUGUUGGGACGGCUGUGGGCGUCGACUAUCAAAGUGAUUACUGCACCCCAUGACCAUGCACAUGGGCUGGUUAGAACAUUGGAACUCAGUGCAAUCAAGGUGGAGCUAAGUCGGAUGUCCAUUCAAUAA